AUGGAGUCGACAAGCCUGUCUCUCACAAAGGAAGUUCUGGCUGAGCGAAAGCGUCUUGAGACAGCAGUAGAGGGCUUGCAACCUCAAAUUCAGAUCGGUGUUUUUAAAUUGGAGGAGCUUCGACGUGAGCAGCAAAUUCUUGAGCAACAUGAAGCAGAAAUACAAGCUAACGAGUCGUUCGAGUAUGAGGUUGAGGUUCCAAAAAGCAAAAUGGUCAAUAUAACAGGCUAUAUUACAAACUGCUCCAAGUGUCACUACAGUUGCCAUUACCCCUGUGGUAUUGCUAAUGACAACGAGAAGGAUGGGUGCUGGGCUAUGAGUGACGGUAAAUGCAGAAUAUGUCCGGGCAACUGCGUUUGGAACGUCCACUUCAAUCAGGGCUAUAAGUUUGAGUACUACAGUGAGAAGGAGAAGCGAACGUAUGCUGAACUCGAAGAGCGAUACAAAGAUGCAACGGGGAAGAAGCUAACUGUAGAGCAGGUGAUCAGGAAACACUAUGAUGAAUUCCUCAGCGUCCAGAAAUGUGUAUUUGUUUUAAUAACUGACUCUCACCACAGUCUAAAGCGUCUAGAAGAGAUUGCUCUGAAGCCAAACCCACUGAGCACUGUAGAGUAUGUGGAUCUGUUGAUUGAAUCUGAAAAGGCAGAGGCCAAACCAGGUUGGAAAUUUAGAGUGAAAGCACUUGAGGAUGUCCGGAACCAGGCAGACAUUAUGACCAAAGUCAAAAAAGCAAACUAUGAUCCCUUCGAAAACUACAAGAAAGAAUUUCUUGGAAAGAAAUCGAGCAAACAUGGAAAAAGUUGGUAUCAGUUCUGGAAAUGA